AUGGCUGCAACCAUGAAAGGAUGUGGUAUCGCGUCAAUAAGGAGUAUAUUUGGACUUAUUCAUUCGAGGUUAGCAGCAAUAGGCAGUGGUCCUCAGAGGUCAUCAUGUAUACACACCAGCACUGCAUUUGAAUCAAAAAACUGGGAAAAGAAGAACAAGAUUGUUUAUCCGCCUCAGCUGCCCGGCGAGCCUCGCAGACCGGCUGAGGUCCAUCAUUCGAGGCGACAGAUAAAGUACAGCAAAGACAAGAUGUGGUACCUGGCUAAAUUGAUCCGGGGGAUGAGCAUCGAUCAGGCUGUGGCACAGUUGGAGUUUAAUGACAAAAAAGGGGCAAAGAUCAUGAAAGAAGUGCUCCUGGAAGCUCAGGAGAUGGCGGUGAAGAAUCACAACGUGGAGUACAAGUCCAACCUCUAUGUAGCGGAGUCUAACACGGGCAAAGGCAUGUACCUGAAGCGCAUCCGCUACCACGGGAGAGGCAUGUUUGGCAUCAUGGAUAAAGUCUACUGCCACUACUUCGUCAAGCUGGUUGAGGGUCCACCGCCCAUUAAGGUGGAGAAGACUAACCUGGACCGGGCCAAUGAGUAUGUGCAGAACCUCAAGAGGAGGACGAUUAUACAUAGUCUAUAG